AUGGAAUUGGAUGCACUCUCAAACAAAAACCUCCUGGCCAUGUGCAAGGAGCACGGCCUGCCCUCCGUCGGGGUGGCCGACAGCACUCGUGCCUGCAUCAUCCCCGCCGAGGAUAGUGCCACCUAUGUGGGCAACAUACUGCGCAUCAAGUCGGUGAAGAAGGAAGACCGCGGCACCUACUACUGUGUGGCCGACAACGGGGUCAGCAGGGGAGAUCGCCGCAACAUCAACAUUGAGGUGGAGUUUUCGCCAGUGAUAACCGUGCCACGGCCCCGUCUCGGCCAGGCGCUGCAGUAUGACAUGGAUCUGGAGUGCCACAUCGAGGCCUACCCACCGCCGGCCAUUGUCUGGACCAAGGAUGACAUCCAGCUGGCCAACAACCAGCACUACAGCAUCUCGCACUUUGCCACCGUCGACGAGUACACCGACUCGACGCUGCGCGUGAUCACCAUCGAGAAGCGCCAGUACGGAGAUUAUGUGUGCAAGGCCACCAAUCGCUUUGGCGAGGCCGAGGCUCGUGUGAAUCUGUUCGAGACGAUCAUCCCCGUGUGCCCGCCGUCCUGUGGCCAGGCGUACUAUGCCGGAGCCGAGGAUGUGGCUGCCACCUCCUUUGCCCUCGUGGGCAUCUUGCUGGCGCUGCUCUUCACCAGAUAAGCCAAUGGUCCCCCCACUGACUCUGACUACAAACGCUCCAAGUCCAAACCAUCAAUCAGCCCUCGAAUACAUAAAUAUAUACUAUACAUAGAUAUAAUAUAUAGCAACCUACAUCAUAUACAAAUCAAUCCAACAGACGUCGCAAAAUGAUUCGAUUCUCUUUUCCUCUGUUCCUGACUAUUUUUUGUAGAGU